AUGAGAGGUAUCAAGGGUCUGGUCACAGAGACGUCUGUACUGGAUAUCAAUGAAGGUAUUCGUUUCCGUGGCCUUUCAAUUCCUGACUGCCAGAAACAACUCCCCAAAGCUGCCGGCGGACAAGAACCGCUGCCUGAGGGAAUUUUCUUCCUUUUGCUCACGGGAAAAGUACCAACUAAAGCCCAAGUUGAUGACAUAUCCAAAGAAUUUGCUAGCCGAGCUGAUUUGCCUUCCCAUGUCCUAAACAUGCUAGACAAUUUCCCGUCAUCACUCCAUCCCAUGAGUCAGCUAGUGGCAGCGUGCGCAGCCUUAAAUUCAGAGUCAAAGUUCGCACGGGCAUAUUCUCAAGGAAUCAAGAAAAGUGUGUACUGGGAGUAUGUUUACGAAGAUUCUAUGGAUUUAAUUGCUAAGCUUCCAACCGUUGCUGCAAUUAUCUACCGCAAUUUAUAUCGUGACGGUACAUCUGUUACUGCAAUAGACUCAAAAACGGAUUGGUCCCAUAACUUUUGUCGUAUGUUGGGGUAUGAGGAUCCUGGCUUCACCGAAAUGAUGCGUCUCUACUUAACUUUCCACUGUGAUCAUGAAGGUGGCAAUGUCAGCGCGCAUACCUGCCAUUUAGUAGGCAGUGCACUUUCUGAUCCAUACCUUAGCUUCGCUGCAUCCAUGUGUGGCUUAGCUGGACCUUUACAUGGAUUGGCCAAUCAAGAAGUAUUAGUUUUCUUGAAUAAAAUGCAAGAAAAAGUCGGUAAGAAUCCAACAGAUGAGCAGGUCAAACAGUAUGUGAUGGACACAUUGAAUGCUGGUCAGGUCGUUCCUGGUUAUGGUCAUGCUGUCCUCCGAAGAACUGAUCCCAGGUUUACUUGUGCACAAGAGUUUUGUGAAAGACACUUCCCGAAUGAUCCACUCUACAAAUUGGUUGCUCAGUUGUAUAAAGUUGUGCCUCCAAUUUUGACAAGCCUUGGCAAAGUUCAAAAUCCUUGGCCUAACGUUGAUGCACAUAGUGGUGUUUUGCUUCAGCAUUACGGUCUCACGGAGAUGCAGUAUUACACCGUUCUAUUCGGCGUUUCUCGAGCACUAGGCGUAUUGGCAUCACUUAUUUGGGAUCGUGCAUUGGGUUUACCUAUUGAACGACCAAAGUCAUUAUCUACAGAUGCUUUGAUAAAAUUUGUAAAUGAUAAUGCACGCAAGCAAGCCUAA